AUGUGCGUGAGAUCAAUUUGCAUUCACCCCGUACCCGACGUUACUGAGGAUGAGAAAAGGGCGAAAGUUCAAAGCUCUAAUAUAGAACGAGAUUUGUUUGAACAAGCCAAACUUGAGGUGAACGUGAUCAAAAUAUUGCUACUUGGUGCUACAGAGAGUGGUAAGAGUACCAUGGUCAAGCAGAUGAAGAUCAUCCACAGUCAUGGCUUCUCCAAGCCAGAGCUUAUUAGCUUCAAGGCUGCAGUGCUGGAUAACCUCCUGACCUCCUUGAAGUUUGUGCUGCGCGGCAUGGGGCUGCUGAGGAUUAAUCUGGCCAACAAGAAGAACAAGGCCCAUGCCCGCGCUGUGCUGUCCUGUGGCCAGUGUUUCGGGGAGGACGGGGAGCUGCUGCCGUUUGUGGCCCUGUCUUUCUGCGCUCUCUGGGCCGACCAGGGUGUGAGAGCUGCAGCUGCCAGGGGCUACGAGUUCCAACUCAAUGACUCCGCGCUCUAUUUCUUUGAGAACAUAAGUCGGAUCAUCUCUCCCAGAUACAUUCCCACUGAGGCGGACGUACUGCGGGUGAGAGUGCGAACAUCCGGAAUCAUCGAGACUCGGUUUCCAGUCAAUCACAUGGUUUUCAGGAUGUAUGAUGUGGGCGGCCAGCGGACCAAGAGGAGGAAGUGGCUGAGCUACUUUGACUGUGUCCGGGCCGUGCUGUUUGUUGUGGCGCUCAGUGACUACGACAUGACCCUGAUGGAGGACCGCUCUAUGAACCGGCUACAAGAGAGCCUUGAACUCUUUACCUCCAUCUGCACCAACAUAGUUUUCAGAAGUACCUCAUUGAUUCUGUUAAUGAACAAAAGUGACCUCUUCCAGGAGAAGAUCUUAAACUCAGGAAGGCACUUGCGACUCUACUUCCCUAGUUACAAAGGAGCCGACUGGGACGUGGAUGCUGCCUCGCGUCACAUCACUGCCAUGUUUGUGGCCUGCAACAAGACCCCCAACAAGCUUGUCUUCCACCACUACACCACCGCCACGGACACCCACAACGUACGGGUGGUCUUCCACGUCGUCAUGGACACCAUCGUCAAGGAGAACUUGGAGGCGGUCUCGUUGCUAUAA